CGACGUCUUUCCUUUGACAUCGCUCGGCGCUCGCGAGUACCUAGACAUCAACGGGACACGCGACCAAACACGCCUACGCCUACGCCUACCCCUUCGCCUACGCCACCUUUCUGUCGGCAUACAUUCUUUUGGGAGAGCAGCCUUUCUUCCACCGCGCUCCGCGACAAGACUUCUUGGAUAUGUCUGCAGCAACGAGGCUGCCGGCAGUCGCAGGCGCUCUGACAGUGACAGGAGGAGUGAUAGCAUUCUUCUCACAUCCAGCAGUUCAGGCUUUCGUGACGGAGAAGUUCGGCGCCAACGCAGGGUCGAAGAUGCUCAAGAUACUUGCUGGCGCGAUUGCUCUGGCGAAUCUGAAGAAUCUGCCUGGUCUCUGGCAUGUCCGAGUGCUACGAGGCAUCAUCUACCAGAUAUACUUCCAGAAGCGCGCGAUACCUCCCAAGUACGCAUUUGCGCCGAUGAUCACACAGUCUUACAACACCCUUUAUGAUACCGACUACAACCUCCACAAAUCGAACUCGACCUACUUCGCCGAUCUUGAUGUAGCACGUGCUCACUACGUCGGAGCCAUCAUUCGAACAGGACUUGCAAGAUUGAAUGCAGGCGAUCAAGAAGGUCUUCCCAAAUCGAACAUCGAAGCAAAGGGCAAAUAUGUCGUGGCACUAGGAGCGGUAAGCUGCUUCUUCCAGCGUCAGAUCGAACCCCUCCAACGCUUCGAAGUCUAUACAAGAGUGUUGAGUUGGGAUAGGAAAUGGUUGUACAUUGUAAGCCACAUCGUGAAGAAGGGCUCAAUCAAGCCAGAUUCAUAUGUGCUUCAACCAUGGAAGAAUAGAAGCAAGAGAAGCAAUGCGCAAAAGGAGCAGAAUGAAGACUUGAGCAAGCACAUCUUUGCGUCUAGCUUGGCGAGAUACGUGUUCAAGAAGGGUCGGCUUACAAUCAACCCAGAGAUUGUUCUUGAGCGAUCAAGAUUACUGCCGCCGAGGCCUGAGGGCAUUGGAUACCCACCCAGAGCGGAGGGGAACGCCUCCAAUGCCGCAACUCCCUUCACGCCAGCUACUCCUGCAGUCAACGGCGAGGCAUUGGGAACAGAUAUCUCAUCAGAGCUUAACUCGAAGCUCGCAGGCGUCAAGGGCGCUGAGGGUGAUGACUGGACCUGGGAGCAUAUGGAGAAGGAGCGCUUGCGAGGCCUUGAGCUCGCCAGCCAUUUUGAUGCUUUGAAUGGACUUCAUAAUGAGCUCAGGGCAGGAGAUGUUCUUGGAAAGUAUGGCGACUACUUUUGAGGAUGAUCUGGCGACUGUUACAUAUAGAAAGAUACCCGGCGUCGACGCCAAAUGCAUGCGGAUCGCACGAACACUGCGGCAGGAUG